UAUGUCGAAAACUUUGAAAGAUAUUCCCUCUCCUAAAUCUUGGCCUUUGGUUGGUUGUUUACCGCACUAUUAUCAACAAGGUUUUGACAAACGCCAUCUAAUUUUAAACGAAUUCGCAAGGGAGUACGGCAGUAUCUUCGUUGAAAAUUUAGCCUUUUUAAAGAACGCUAUUGUUAAUGAUAUCCAAGAAUAUUCGAAAAUCGUUAAGGCGGAUGGGCAACAAGUCGACCGUAUUCCCUUAGAUCCCCUACUCCACUACAGGAGGAGUAAGGGUUUAAGCGAUGGAAUUGUAAACGGAAUCGGACCGAAGUGGUACGAAUCCAGACAAUUGGUCAAUAAGAAAAUGUUAAGUAAAAGUUUCGCAGACGCCUUUAUUGAACAAUUGCACGAUGUUGCUAUCGACUUUUGUCAAAAGUUGGAAAAUGACAAACAGGAUACGGAUUUGAUAUUCGAUUUGGAGUUCUUUAUCGAUAAAUGGGCCGUUGAUAGCUCUUUUAUAUUUCUUUUUGGUAAACGCCUAGACUGUCUAAAAGGAGACGACAUCGAAUUCGUCCGUAAUUUACAAUCGGUUUUCGACAUACUACACCAACUUCUCUUUUCAAUACCUCUCUACAAAAUAUGGCCAACCUCUACAUGGAGAGAGUUCGAACGUAGAUGCGACAAAUUGUUCCAGUCUGCUUUAGAGUUAUGUCAACAAAAUCAAGUUGAAAGUGAAACGUCAACCUCACCCAGCUUGAUGAACUACCUAUUGCUUGAUAAAAACCUAUCGAAACAAGUUGCAGUUGAACUUACGGUUGAAAUGUUAAUGGGAGCCGUUGAAGCAGAGAUCAAAAACGCAGACUAUAGAAACAUUAACAACAUAACAUAUUUAAAAGCUAUUGUUAAAGAAACUCUUCGUUUGUACCCUGUAACUUACUCAACCAGUAGGAUCUUGAACAAGGACACAGAAUGUGGAGGUUAUGAAUUGCCCCGAGGCACACAUGUCCAAGCCAAUUUGUACACUAUGGGAAGAAAUGAAGAUAGAUUUCGCAACGCGAAAGAAUUUAUACCAGAAAGGUGGCUAGGGGACGAAGGGAAAAAUAAUUUGGUAUUCUGCAAUUGGAUUUUUGGACAUGGUCCAAGACUAUGCUUGGGAAAGCGUUUAGCAGAGGAAGAAGUGUACUUAGCAAUUUUUGAGGUAAAUCUAAGUAGAGUGAUAUGA